AUGUCGGCGUACGACGACAGCAACGUUGCCGACUGGCUGCUGGCGUUCAAGAUCCAGAACGGCUUCCUGGAGGAGGUGAAGAACAACGAUAUGCGGGAGACUCGCUCAGACCCAGGCGAUCUGUUCUACCCCGAACCUUCGCUUCACGGCCACACCGCGGGGCAGACGGUCUAUUGGGCCACCAGGGACGCCGCCUACGGCAUGAAAGGCACCGUCGUCCGUGGGAGCAGCCGCUUCAACGAGGCUUCGUUGUUGGUAUCGUUCAAGGGCGAGAACUACCACGUCAAGCUGGACGCCUUGUCCACGCGCCGCCAAGUGAGAGGCCCCUUUCGGGGGGGUCGGGCGGCCGGCUCGCCAGUCGCGGAGGCCAGCGAUGGCGGGGAAGUUCCCUCGCCGCGGCUCCACGGCUACGCCGUCGGGACAACUGUAUUCUGGAACGUCAAGAAGCGCCGGCUGCUUGGGCCCCGGAAAGGUGAUUCCAUGCACGGCAUGAAGGGCGUAGUCGUCGGCGAGAGCGACGAGUUCACGGAACCGUCCCUGCUCGUGGCGUUCAAAGGCAGGGACUUCCACGGCAAAGUAAACGCCAUAUCCAGAAGGCGCCCAAAGAAAAGCCCCCGUGCGACGUCACCCUUCGAAGUUGCCGACGCCAGCAGUACUGCAACCGCUGGCUGGUACGAGGAGAGCGACGACGCCUCGCCGCAGGUUGUCGGCGUCGGUGACGCACCCAGUGCUGCUCAAAGAGGGCGACGUGCGGCGGCGGGCACUGGGCUGCCUCACAUCACGAUCGGCACGCGGCUGCUCUUCGUGGCACUGCUCGACGCUGUAUGUGGGCCCAUUAGCAUGCGCAAGGCGCCGUUCGCAAAUGUGUGUAUCAAAAAGAACUUACGAAACCUUGGAUACAAAAUUGCGAUUGAUGAGGACGGGCCCUACUAUGCUCUGCGCGACGGCAACCGCUUCCUCGAGCCGUUCGGGAAGGCAUUAAAGUACGUCCAAGGUCCCCGCCCCGAUGCGUUCCCAAUGAAGUACGUGGUGCACGUACACGGCUAUCAUUUCAUAGCCGUGAAAACGUUCGAGGAUGGGUAUGAUGUUAUCGACGACAAGGAGUUGCUCCAUUUUGACGAGAAUAUUGGCGCCCUCGUUGAAGCAUUGGGACCUGAUGCGACCUGGUAUGCCGUCACCGACGCCUCCGAGGUUUCCGAAGGCACAGACGAGUCGGAGCCACAUCCACGGGAUUCGGGGGGGAGUUCUCGUUGCUCCAGCGACGCGGGCCUGUGGCCCAACGGUGCCGCGAGUGCUUCUGAUCGCACGGAAGAAUCGGUAACGGAAGGGAUGAUGUUCGAUCAGCAGGCGUUUGGCGCUUAUUUGCGGCGUCUCGACGACGAGGGCGAUGCGUCCGACGCUGACCAGAGUUCGUCUGCUCCGGAUGACGCUGACUCAGAGUCCACCGACGCCCCAGUGCUUUCCGAUGGCACAGAGAGGUCGGAUGCCGAUUCACUGGGCGACCCGCAUCGGGGGGAGCCGCAACUGCGGCAUCCGCGGCCCGUCCGUUGCGGCGAUCUGGAAGACGUCGACAGAUGGGGCGGCAUGGACUCAGGGGAAUUGUAUCCCGACGACGCCAGGCGACGCAUUCUGGAAAAAUGGGAGCCUGCGAAGUACAGGCGCCUUCAGGGAUUACCAGGGCCAGCAUUGCAGGCGGAAGUCGAGCCCGACGGGGGCGACGUGAGAGAAGCAGCGAAGAGAAUCGUCGCCAAAACAGACGAACUGCUACAAGCAUGGGACCCCCAGCCCGCUGGCGCCGAAUAUUACUGCAUGAGACUUCUGACUAUGUGCGCCACGGGGACAUCGCAUUGGAACGCGAACAACGACCUCCUCGUCACCCGCAUCGCCGCCCUGAUCUUGUCCGACGUCGUCGCCCACACGGACGGCGUUUACAUUUGCAAGCAGGGCUCGUUCGGUCGGUCCGAGGAGAUCCCGACGACUCAUAUGUACAGAGUCGAAUCGGUCCUUUCAAUGACACAAGUGAUGCUCGUAAAACUCAUGAAGGCAAACGCCUUGCGCAACGUUGAUACCGUGUUCCAGUUUUUAGAGAGCGACGUGGGGACUUGGGCGUCUGGGGACCCCGUAUGCUCUAUCGAUUUACAAGGCAAGAAAGAUGGCGUGGCUGCGUGGGCGCACGACGCGCGCAAGGGGCUCAGAGACAUCGUCGGCCGAUUUACAGGCAAGAUGCAGUCUGAGAGGCUCGUUGAGCUGCUCGGUUCCUGGACCCACGUGCCCAAGCCAGAGGCGCCGUUCGUUUCGGUUGCUUUCGAGGAUUGCGCCAUCAAGAUCGACGACGGCGCCUCGAGCGCUGCCGAGGGGAUCGUCCAGAUUCCGAAGAAGAGAGAAAACCUAUGUUACUUCGGCAUCCCAAUGCAGAUUGUCCCCGCCCCACCGCAAAGCGUCGUUGAACGGCUAGCGCUCUUCCUGGCAACUUCUUUUGCGGGCAGCGAGGCAGGCCGCGAGAUGGAUCUCGCCAUGGAGGCGCUUGCGUGGAUGGGGCUCCCAACUCCUCCUGUCAUGGUCAUGCUGACGGGAAACGGGGGCAAUUCGAAGUCGGCGAGAACAGUGUUGCGGAACAGCGUGUUCGGCGGGCAUCACGCCGUCUUGGCAGCUGACGUCUUCCAGGAACCGCAGGAGUGCAGGAAGCAGGGCGGGCAGUUCGCGUUCGCCAAGUGUCUCACCGUCCAAGAAUGCGCGGCUGGCAUUGCUUUAUUAGAAGAGAUCUGGAAAAAGUUCGUAUCCGGGGAAUUUAUGGCGUGCAGGCCUCUGUUCGGCAAAACCACGCAAUACUAUAGAUGGUUGACGUGCGCCAAGUUCUGGGAGACGAACAGACAAUUCCCACGUAUUAACGGCGAUUAUAAAAGAUUUCAUGAGCUCCGCUCCAUUUGGCGGCGUUUGAGGGUCGUGCUAUUGAAAUCUGUAUUCACUAGCAACCCUGGCUCGAUCGACGUCGACGAGGCUGUGUUUCGUGAAGAUGCUGACUUGAUGGCGUUUUUGGAGGGCGACCAGACCCGCCUCGCUUACAUCAAGUUCUUCCUGUGGCCGUUCAUUCAGGAAUACACUGCCAGCCGAUGCCGCCAGGUGCUCUUGGACCCAGAUCAGUCGAUUGUCGAAGAAACGCGAAGGGUCGUCGCUCAGAUGGCAAACGGCGGCCUCGAGGUACCAGCCGAGUUCAUCACAGAGGCCGAAAACAGGGCGCAACUUGAUGCAGCCAGAGGGAUCGUCGAAGCUGCUCAUAGAGAUGCAGCGGGCAAGGCGACGCUGAAGCUGUACCAAGUCAACGCGACGUGCAAGUCCGUGCCUGGCGCGUACAGGCCUGGGGCCAAGGGAAAAGCGACCCGACUUGACAAUCUCAUGGGCGCCAUCGAUCGGUGGCCUCACCUGAUAGAUGUAAACGAAGACACGAAGGAGCUACGGUUCCUGAGCAUCAAUUACGCGAAGUUCUCCGAGAUCAUGGGCAAGUACGACGACGGCGUCGCGCAGGUCAAGCAGCUUCUCGAGGCCUACCGCCUUCGCGGCAGCAGGCGCGGCGAUCGGGGGGUGCUCAAGGUCGCCUACCACCGCAAGCAUGGAAUACCUGGCAGGUGGUACGCGGCAGGCCCUGCCAUGCAAUCUUUUUCGAGCAGAGGCGCCAAGAGCAUCGCCAUGACCACGGAGAUCGGGGCUUCGGCGGGCGGCGACAUGAUAUUCGUUGACGUAGAUAUAAAUAACUGCUGUUGCACCAUUCUCGUCAACCUCCUGAGAGAAGCCGUUGCCGACAUGGAGGAUUUCCGGGUACUCGUUAGUUUCAGCGAGAACUACAAACAGCGGCGGGCGUUCAUGAUGGAAUACUUCGACAUGCCCCCGAAGGCUGCCAAAAAAACCGUGGGCAUCGUUCUGGGCAUGGACCGUUUUGGGUACUUGGCGCCCCACUUCUCGGAGAGGCCGAAUCCCCGUGGGUCUCGCAUCCACUUUGCUUUGGCCGCGGUGGAAGAAGACAUCAUGAACGACUUGGUGCGCGGAUUACCCAGUCACGUGCCGAGUUGCGAGGUCAAUGCCCUCAUGCUGGACGGGGCCAUAUUGCGGAUGCAAGAGUCGAGUUUUGAUGCUCUACUUCAGCACCUCGAGAACGUGGGCUCCAAGCACGGCGUGUCGUUCUCGACCGACAAGUUCGACAGGCUCGGCGGCGCGCCCAUUGCUUUCUCUGCAGACCUGAUGGGCAGAUUGAAAGAAGAAGUAAACGCCGCAGACCUUAGUACGUGCAAGGCGAUGGUGAUCGAGAACAUGGCGAAGAUGGAUCAACUACAAAUCAACGUUUCCUUUUUGACGGGUGCCAGGCAGCAUGGCGGCGAAGGCUACUUAGGACGCAGCGCCCAGCUUCUCCGUGAUUCCGCCGGGGUCGACAAUUUGCGGAAUGCGAACGAUGUCCGUGCUCACGUCAUCCUCGACGUUCGCGGCCCCCGCUUUGCUGUCGACGACCAGGGCAUCAGGAUUACCCGCAACUACCGCGUCACUCCCGAGUUUCUGCUCCUUGUGGCGUCCUUCAACGAUAGUCGCACGCAGAGCAAGUACUUGCGAAUUCGGGACCGCAUCAUUGAGCACUACAUAUCGCACGGUAGCGAACUGAGCUUCGCGGUGCCUACCAUGAAUACAGUGUGGGAGCAAAUUUACAAGGCUGGGGUUCAGAUCUCUGCGGCAUAUAAAAAGAAGUGCGUCGACGAGUUGAGCUUCCGCGCGAUGUCUUUCGAUUCAACAUAUAAAUACACGCUUGCUGUAGUCGGGCAGACAAGCCACGGAAAGAAGAAGGACGAUUCCGAUCGUUCUGAGUUCCACUGCGUACACGUGAUGAUCGCGGACGGCGUGCCAGUAUCUUGCAAGCCAGGGCACAGCGAAGGAGUUCCAGAACUUUCAGAUUUCAUCGAGGCAAACGCAACGCUUGCGCAAAGGCGCCAAGCGGAGAUUAUCCUUUUUGAUACACCGGAGAAGUGGGACAUGCAGAAGGCGCAGAAACUCUUUCCGAACCUAAAAUGCGUCGGCGGUGACCCUCUACACGCGUGGAUGGACUUAGUGAAGUUCAUCAAGGAGGGUGACCAGCUGAGCAGGGACUUCAAGAAAAUCGUUCUGAAGUUCAAUGGGAGACCUGCGCCGAGUCUGCAGGCGAAGCGCUACUUCGACGGGAGCCAGCCCAGGGGUCGGGCGCACGUGGAUUUCAAACCGUGCCCCUCGGAUCUUCGCAAGGCGUAUGAACGUUUGCAGACAACGGCUUACCAGGAAAAGGCUUACCUGAACCACAAGCAGUAUUGCCUUGACAUCAUGGCAGCGAUGAGCCAGAACGAGAGGUCGUGCCAGAGACCACUCACAGGCCGCAAUGCCCAGUCGACGGUCAGCGAUCUCCUCUCCAGGUACAUGGCGCCCGCAAAGUAUUUGUACUACCAGAACAUAUCCGUAUACAGAAUGAGAACGGGGCUGCCGUGCCAAUACGGGGCAACUCCUAAUGAAGCAGUCAUGUUCCAGCUGAAGGCGUACAACGCCAAUGUUUUCGCAUCGACUCGCCAGCGGUGUGAGUUCACGUUGGACUUGUUCACCUUCGGGAAG